AUGGAUCGGGAUCCGAUGAAUGAGGAGCUUAGAGUGGAGGAAGCAAAAGUUUUGCGUCUUUUCCAGGAGGCUUGUCUUGAUGAAGAACGGUUCCUAAAGCAGAAAUCUAAGGUUGACUGGUUGAUGGCGGGUGAUGCCAACACUGCAUUCUUUCAUAUGUCUUUAAAGUGUAGGAAUCAUAUAAGUCGGAUAGAUGUCAUAAGCGAUUCUAGAGGUACAAUGUUUGAGGGUGUUAAUGUUCCUAAAGCUUUUGUGAAUCAUUAUGAGAAUUUCCUUGGAUGUAAAGGAGGGGUGUCUCUAUGUCCGGCUCCUGAUCUUUUUACUAAGACUUUGAGCCAUGGGGUUGCUACUAAUAUGGUCCACCAAGUUACCACGGAGGAAAUCAAAAAGGCCAUGUUUGAUAUUGGGAAUGAUAAAGCUCCGGGUCCUGACGGGUAUACGGCUGCACUUUUUAAGAGCGCUUGGCAUAUAGUAGGGAGUGAAGUCUCAGAUGCUAUUCUGGAUUUUUUUAACACUGGUAGAUUGCUUUAG